CAAAGUCAACACCUUGAAGAGUGCCGCCACCUCCUCUCUUCCCUCUCAGAAUCAAUCCCUGCUGUACGCUCUUUCCUAGGCCGAUGGGCCGCCGUCUCCGCCACGCUCGGUCGCCUUCGCCCCGCCGUCGACGAAAUCGCCGGUCUCCCAGCCAACGAACUCUCUGACGACCUCCUCUGCUUCCUCUCCCAAACGCUCGCCCUCACCCUUUCUAUCUCCAACCAGUGCCGCAACCCCGACCCACCCGCCGGCCGACUCCAAACUCAGAGCGAGCUCGCAGCCGCCGCAGCUUCUCUCGACCAUCUCGCCGCAGACGCCGACUUUCUUCUCCGCUCCAGCGCCCUCCUCGAUCCCUUAUCACCUCCUUCCUCCUCCUCCCGCCGUGAAACCUUGCGCGCCGAAGCCCAAUCGGUUAUCAUUCGUUUACAGAUCGGAACCGUGGCGUCACGGAUCUCGGCGCUCGAUUCGCUGAUGUCAAUUCUCAAUGGAGACGACAAGAACGUGCUUAUUGCCGCCGCGCAGGGUUUGGUUCCUGCGCUCGUUCGCCUCCUCGAUUUC